AUGCUUCUCUCCACAAAUAUUUUCUCCCUUAACACAAGGGAAUUAUCACCAACUAAAUUAUUUUCUAAAAAACAUUUUUCUUCCAGGUUUGAAUAUAGUAACAAUAUUUCAUCAUUUGAGAAUCAUAAAAUAGCUAGAAAAAAAUUGUUUUGCAUGAAAUCUGAAAAUGUAGGACACCAUCAACUUAAAAUCAUGCAUGGUAAUGAUAAUGGCAUAGGGAUUGUUGAUUUUUUCGAAGGGAAAAAUAUUCUUGUCACUGGUGCUACAGGGUUCCUAGCAAAAGCUUUGAUUGAAAAAAUGUUGAGAACAACACCAAAGGUAAACAAGAUCUAUUUGCUCAUCAGGGCAAAGGAUAAGGAAGCUGCAUUUCACAGAUUAAAAAUUGAAAUUAUGGAGUCAGAAUUAUUCAAAUGCCUAGAAGAAAUGCAUGGUGAAUAUUACAAGUCAUUCAUAUUGGACAAAUUGAUGCCUAUAGUUGGAAAUAUAUAUGAGCCAAAUCUUGGUAUGGAUAUUAUUACUAGUGACAAAAUUGCUCAAGAAAUUGAUUUGAUUGUUGACUCUGCAGCCAUCACUACAUUUGAUGAGAGGUAUGAUUUAGCUCUUGAUGCUAAUGUGAAUGGUCCAUAUCAACUCAUGAUGUUUGCAAAGAAAUGCAAGAAACUUAAACUUCUUAUGCAUUAUUCCACUGCAUUUGCCAAUGGAGAAAGAGAAGGGUUAAUAUUGGAGAAGCCUUUUACUAUGGGAGAAAGCAUAACAAAGGAAAAAAUCACUUCAAUUUCUCCUUAUACUAAUUUUCCAUCAUUGGAUGCUCACAAUGAAAUGAAUUUGAUUUCAAAGUUGAAGAACAAUAUUACAAAUAAUAUUGGUUUGGAACAAAUAAUGAAGGAUUUUGGACUUGAGAGGGGAAAGUUAUAUGGAUGGCAAGAUACAUAUUCAUUUACAAAGGCAAUUGGUGAAAUGAUGAUAAAUAAUAUGAGAGAUGAAAUUCCAAUACUUAUUAUUCGUCCCUCUGGAAUAACAAGUAGCUAUAAAGAACCUUUUCCUGGAUGGAUACAAGGAUUCAGGAUAAUCGACCCAUUAGUCUUUUUCUAUCGAAAGGGUGACCUCCCUGGCCUUCUUGCUGAUCCUAAUUGUCUUGUUGAUUUGGUUCCAGUUGAUAUGGUUGUAAAUACAACAAUGGCUGCUAUGGCAAAACAUGGAAAUUUGCAAAAUCCACAACUAAAUGUCUAUCAUGUGGCAUCAUCAUCUAUAAAUCCUGUCUCAUUUUCUCAAAUUUUUGACUAUUCCUAUGAUUUUUUCCAAUUAUUUCCUUUUGUUAAUUCAAAAGGAGAUAAAUAUGAGGUUAAAAAAAUGAGAUUUUUUGACAAAAUAUCAGAUUUUGAAAAUUAUAUUUGGGAGGUAUUAUCCAAGCAGCAUGAAGUACAAGAUGGAAAAGAGCUAACAAAGAUUCAAAUACGUUUAAUUAAAAAGAAAGUGGAAUAUUUGAAGAAUUUCAGCAAACUUUAUGAACCCUACUUGUUCUACAAAGGCUGGUUUGACAAUGGCAAUGUACGAAAGCUAAUGGGAGACAUGUCUGAAGAAGAAAAAAGAAGCUUUGAAAUUGAUGUGACAAAAAUUAAUUGGAAAAAUUAUAUUGAAAAUACCCAUAUUCCUGGUGUACAAAAAUAUGUACUAGAAGGGAAAAGGGAGGCUACACCAACUGCUGACACUGAUAUCUUAGAGGUUUAUAGGAGUAGUGUCCCCAUCCACUCAGUCAAUGCUCCUCCUAGAAAGAGGGGAAGCAUGUUGAAUGCUAGGGAAGGAACAUAUGUGAUUCGGGCAAAAAGUCCCAAUGUUGAAGCUUUUGGACCAGCAACAGCAGCAGCUGACGCAUUAACAUUGAGAUCGUUAGAGAUUUCAUCAGGUGUAAGUGGUUCAAAUGAUGGUGAAUAUGAUGACUAG